AUAUUACAAAACAAUAACACAUUCCGUAAAGCAAACACACAGCACACACAACCACAACACGCACAGUCCGCAGUAUCGCGGUAACCAAAGCAAAAAAAAUAUACAAAAACUGACAAAAACGUACAUUUUAGCUUUUACUUUCGGCAAAGGGAUCCAAGAUGCCCCGCGUGAAGCCCACCAAGAAGCUCGAUGUCCUGGGAAACCUGGACCUGCGGCCCGAGGAUGCCGUGGGUGACUACAUCAGCUCCAAGCAGCAGAAGAAAUUCUUUGUAAUUCCGCCCAAUUCGGACUCCGCCGGCGACUCCAUUGAACUGAUAUAUGUGAACAAUCUUCGCGAGCACGAAGCCAUGCUCAAGCUGCAGGAGGAGAUGCUGACCAGUGCCAAGCGGCAGACCAAGCUGAACUCCGCCAGAGUCAGGAACAUGUACAAGAUCCAGGAGCGCCUGAGGCGGCGCUUCAUCGAGGUGAACAGCUUCAUCAAGGACUGCGCGGACAAGAAGAGAGUGGCCGAGAAGACCGCCCAAGCGGAGACGCUCUACCACAAGGAGCUCGGCGAGGGCAUUGAGAGCUUCAAGGACUCGAUCGGCGAACUCAAGGCUUUUCGGGAGGCUCUCAAGGCCACCGUACAGGAGUUCCAGCCCUACGAGAAGGUACUCGACGAGGUGGUGAAGGUAUCCGACAUAUUCGUGUCGCCAAAGGACUGCACCGAUCGCUGUGAUGCGCUGAUGCUGGCUCAAGUGGAGAUCACCAAAUUGGAGCAUCAAAAGCUCCAAGACAUCGAGGGAAUGCGGCAGCGUAUGGUGCAGAUCACAAAUGAAGCGGCUCUAACUGUACUGGGUCUAAAAAACGAUCUGGCCAAACUGGAACGAUCCUAUAACGAGUCCAGGGUCCAGUGCCUCAGGUGGGAGAAGAUCCUGGCCAAAACCAAGGACGCCAUCAACAAUAGCUAUAUGGACAAAGAGCGCACAAUAGAUGCGAUUACCAACCUUCACAAAAUCCUUCUACGGCGAAGAGACAUACAUUCCUUCCCUGCUCGCGCCGACUUGGACAAGGUGUUGGAUUCGAUCAAAAGCGAAGUGGAAAUUUUAACUGGCGUUAUAAAGGAAAUCGAGUCAUCAGAUUCCGCGGUGAAGCACGAGGAAGCCAGGGAUAAAACUCUAUGCUAAUUGGAUAUGAAAAUUGCUAGUGUUCGUAGGAUCGCUUAGGCACACCUUAAAACUAUUAAAACUAUAAAACUCUGGACUUCUUUCAUAAACAA